AUGGCCAGCAUCGACGAAAGCUUUGGCAAUUGCCAAGAUCUCGUCCUGCUCACAUUCCCAAUCAACUACGGCCUGAUCCUCAGCAAUUGCAAAGUGAUUGACUUGUCAGAGACGGAACUUGUCAUCUUAGCAGCACUUGCAUUGCAGAACCGACGUCCGGAGACGUUGUGGCAUCUCAGAGGAUCUCGACGGGCAGGUUCGUCGGACAAGGCGAUCGAGAGCGUUCGCAUAGUGUACUUGGACAUCCCGAGAUGCUUGAGCAAGCCAACAUACAAGGCCCCCACGCUUCAAGAAGUCUCCGAGACUUCAGACGGAAAGUGA